AUGAACCAACGGGACAAACCACCUCCCCCUCUUCUUCCUCCUCCUCUUCCUCCUCCUCCUCCUCCUCCCCAGCUGCCCGUGUUUCCUGGGCUGGGAGACCCUGUAGGAGGAGGCCUGAGGAAGAAGAAGAGGGUGAGGAGUUUCUUUUGGAAAACGAUACCAGAGGAUCAGGUGAAGGGGCGGGCCAACCUGUGGACUCAGGGUCGGGUGCAGCAGCAGUACCAGAUCGACGUACAAACCAUCGAGGAGCUUUUUGGUCAGAACGACUGUCAAUCAAACGCCAAGGCCACACCUACCAGGGGAGGGAAGACCAGGAGCUCGUUCAGAGAGGCCAAAGAUGAGGUCUCCAUUCUAGACUCUAAGCGAGGGAUGAACAUUGGGAUUUUCCUCAAACAGUUCAAGAGGGCCAAUCAGGCGAUAGUAGAUGAUAUUCGUCAUGGCAACAGUGAACCUUAUGGGGUGGAGCCUCUGAAAGACCUGCUGAAACUGCUGCCUGAGGAGGAGGAGGUGAAGAAGCUGAAGGCGUUCCGAGGCGACGUCUCUAAGCUCCCAUUGGCUGAUUCCUUUGUGUACCUGCUGAUUCAGCUUCCCAGCUACUCAGUCCGGAUCGAGUGCAUGCUGUUGAAAGAGGAGUUUCCUGGGGUGUGUGAGGCCAUGAAACGAGACAUUAACGUCCUUCGCUCCGCCACUAAAGAGUUAAUGUGUUGUGAGGAGCUCCAUGCUGUUCUCCACUUGGUGCUGCAGGCUGGAAACAUCCUGAAUGCUGGAGGUUAUGCAGGAAACGCAGUUGGUUUCAAGCUGUCGUCCCUCCUUUCUCUGGCCGACACCAAGGCCAACAAACCGGGCAUGAACCUGCUACACUUUGUCGCUCUGGAAGCACAGAAAAAAGACAAGAAGCUGUUGGAGUUUCCACUGAAGUUGAGUCACGUCCAGCCUGCAGCCAGGAUCUCCUUGCAAACGCUGGACACUGACUUGCAGUGGCUGAUGUCUCGCAUGCGCUCAGUAGAGGAGAACGUCCAGAGAGACACAGAGCUGCUCCAACAACUCGACCACUUCCUGCAGUCAGCCACCUCGUCUCUGUGUUCGCUGCGUGGAAGUCGGCAGCAUCUGAAGAAGGAAGGCAGUGAGCUGAUUGACUUCUUCUGUGAAGACAGAGAAACGUUCAGACUGGACGACUGCUUCAGCAUCUUCCACACUUUCUGCUCCAGGUUCACUGAUGCUGUCAAGGAGAACAAGGAGAGGGAGGCUAUGGAGGCAGCCCGUUUCCGGCGUUUACAGGAGCUGGGGGAUCAGAAGAGCCACUCUUUGCCCAGGAGUGCGGAGGUGGGCAGAGCGUUCGGGUUGCGCUGCAGCAGCGAGACGGACAUGUCAGCUGCCAUGUCACGACACGACGAGGCCGGACAAGGCCGUCCCCGCUCACCACUAAAUACCUCCCUCAAUCCUCUGGGACGCUCGAGCAGUUUACGGCGGUCCCGACACUCUCCAUCCAGUUCGCCGUUUAUUGCUGCUGAGCGCGAACUGAGCACGCUCCUGGGGAUGGAGACCCCUGAGAACAAAUUCGCCCAGCAGAGAGGUGAGGGAGAAGCAAGGACAGCUUUUCCUUCGGCCUCACCUGAACUUAGAGGUCCAAGACUCUCCUCUCAGACUCGGCCGCAAAGUCCAAGGAGCACAACAUACAGCUUACCCCAAAACCAGCAGCCUCAAACGGACCACAUGGCACCGCAAACCCCCUCCUCAUCUCCCAACACCUCUUUGAGUGCACUAAACGCAAACCAUACAACCGCCACUUACCUCAGCUAUGAUGCUACCCAGACUGUAGUAAACACCAUCAAUCCCACAAAUGAAGUUACAAUCAAGCCUACCUCUGAUCAGAACCACCGAUCCGACCACAACAACAAUGGAAAAGAUCGACUCAGCCUGGGAGUGCUUUCAGACCAUCGAACUCAAUCUGGUUUGAGGGGGGAACUAGCAAGAAUGAACAAAGCUGAUCAGAAUUUUAAUGGACAGAUCGCCUGCAUUGACAAGACGUUUGAAAGCAGCACUGCUGCUACAGGCAACAUGUCUGUGGUUUUAGAGAAAUGCACAUUGGUGCCUGAGCUGAAGGUGUUCAACAAGGUCACCACCCUGACCAGCCACAACGAGGGGCAUCACAAGGACGAUAUAUUAGUCACAGACUUGGAAGAAGAAGGAGUGGACAAAUCUCAAAUCCAGAAGCUGCAGAAUAACUCUCAGAUUGGGAAUACAGAAAAAUCUGAAACAACCUCAUCCUCGUCAGGUAGAGAGGAAGAGGAUGGACGAGAGGAAAAGGUGAUUGUAUGGUGCGUGACAGGUGUGUGUGAGGCAGGCGGCGAGCUCACACACGCUGACAGCACACAUCCACAAACUGAGAACGAUGAGUGUAGGAGUGACAGUCGGGGAGGAAGCCGUCAGACCUCCUCUGCCGCAGCCAAUUGCAAGCCUUCAGAACCUCAGCUGGCCAAUAAGAAGCUAGUGCCUGUACCUAUCAGCAGCCAACCGGUGCCUGUCUCCCGUGGUGACGACCCGUCACAUCCUGUCUCUUCCCCCAUGUGGCACCCAGCAGAGCUUGCAUCAGCCAGUGAAGCAGCUGCUCACACCACAGAUGUCUGUGAGGAAGCUAAAGAACCAGCCAAUCAAGGGGAAGAAAAACAUUGCUUCACCACUGAGAGGAGAGAGGGAGAGGCUGUCACACAACAGUCAACAGAUGACAGGAGCAGAAACGAGACUGCUUCCUGUUACACAACCACUGAAAAUACAGAAGUGGCUUCCUCCACUAAUGGACAGUUAGAACCAACAACUUCGUCCAAACCCUCCACCAAGAACCUCCCAACCUCUAAAACUCGACCCGCUGGGAUGAAGCCCGCCACCCUGAACACCGCCUCUGCUGCAAACAAAUGCAAGCCUGUCCGCACCCUGACUAACUCCGAGAACCAAGGCAUGAGGCGGGUUGUGCCCAUCUCCAGGUCCAGCCGAGGUUCUCCGUCUCUGAGCAAACGUUCUGAGAGGCUGUCUGGUAACCACUGGGGCUCCAGCACUGCAGCACCUGCCAGUCCGUCCAUCUCUAACCUCAACUGCAACUCCUUCCGACGAGGAGAGAGGCCGUCAACUGCUCCUUCAUCCCGACGCUCCAGCAUCCAAAAGACACCGGACUCCAAGGAUUUGAAAGACCAGAAGGUUUCAGGUACUAAUGCAUCUGCCCGAGAGCAGAACCAGGAGUUGCAAAGGAAGUCGUCUAUCCGAAAGCCUUUAUCAAAACCCAAACCCCCGCCAGAGGAGAAAAUUUGUCGCUCCACACUGCGGGCGCUCACUCAGGCCGGGGGAGGUGACAGUGUCAGUGCCCCUGCCACUCCGUUGCACAAAGCCACUGCCCCUUCAUCAUCACCGCUUCCAAGUUUCGCCCGAAACACCGCCUCGUCUUCUUUCAGGCAAUCCCACACCACCCUUGCUCGUCCCCAUUCACCCCACACUGGCUCGGACUGCUCCCCGAAAUCCUCCCCGAAGAUCACCAAGACCACCUCCUCCUCUGUUGCCCCACCUGGCGCCUCCUCACCUGUCACCCUAACAGAAGUCUCUGCCCCCUCAAGAUCUUCUGUUCCCCUCAACCCACCCUGCCCAUCUCCACUGAGAAGGACUCAGAGCAUCAGGGUAAUACGCUCAUCGCUCCACGACUCGCUGGUUCCCCCUAAAGGCACCUUCUCCGACAAGUCAACUAAUUCUAGGGACUCAGUCAAGUCCACCAGGCCAAGCUGGAGAUAACAGCAGAAAUCUGAGGCUGCCUUCCAACAUUAAGUCCAAGCAGUGUCAAAAAGUCCUUCCUUCUUUACUGGGGGUGGAGAGGAAGUCAGAGGAUGCAUUUCAAUAUUAAGUAAACUUCUAUUUAUGUAUCUCAAGUUUAGCCAACUAAGAAAGGAGGUUACAUUCCAGUAUGAAGUACAGACACUGUCCACGUUUAAAGGUUUCAUUACAAUAUAAAGAUUAAUUUGUCUUCUAUGCAUUCAAAUUUAAAGUAUUUUUCAGCAGUAUUUUCCAAUGUUUUAGUUUUGAUGUGUCUAAUUGGGACACAGUUUUAAAAAAAAGAAAAAAAUCGGUCCGGUAUUGAGUGAGCGCUUUGCAGUCAGCAGCAGCAAAACAGGGCUGCAACAUAAUCUUUGUGGGCAAUUGUUGUCCCGUGAAAGUAUGUUCACCAAAGUGCUUGUUUUUUCCACUGACAGGCUCAGAAGUGUCUGUUGCUAUGUUUCUCUUGUCAAAGCCACCAGACAUAAUUUCACCUUAAUGAACACAGGAGCUGCUGGUCGUUUAGUUUGUUUGUUAUUGUGUGAACAAACUACCUGACCAGGCAGCAGCAGAACAGAGAGAUAAUAAAUAUGGUUUUUGUCAAGGGAAUCUGGUGGUUCUGGAGAUCACAAUAUAAUGACUGUUUCUGGUUAAACAAAAGGGUCUUUACUCUUUCAAAAGAAGACUCUCUCUGCCGGGAUCCUUUCCAUGAUGUUUUCAGACACUUCUAAAAACAAUCUCAGCCUGUCAGUGGCAAAAACAAGCACUUCAUUGGACGUACUUUGACAGGGCGCAAUUGCCUGCAUGGGAAACUAAGGUCCAGGUAGCAAAAUACAAAACUUACCCUUUAAUCCAUGCUGGUGGAAAAACGAUGUAUUCAGUUUAAAAGCACUACAUUAUGUACACUAUGCUCACUUUAUACUGUAAAGUGUUUAUAAUGUGCUCUGAAAGACCAGAGAGGCUUCAUUCCAAGGAAGAAUAAAGUGUCUCCAAUGAGUACUUUUAAACACUAAAGCUAAGUGGUAAUUCAUUCCUGAAGCAUAAUACAGAUACUCUCUUGUCCUAAGGAAAGGCUGCAUUCUGACAAAAAGCUGAAAAGCACAGCUCUUCUCUUAAGGCCUGCUCAUGCCAGUAAGCGGUACAAGGAAAUGUAUCCUUUCGUGAAAUAUGUGGUUCCUAUGAUGUAGGGACUAGUUAGUAAACUUCUGUAGCUUGUAAGCUAACUGCUAACACGUUACACAGCCGGGGUUAGCAUCAUUCUGUUACAGUAGCACUCUUUUUCGUUUUCUCUGUACUUGGCCGUAAUUCCCCAAGCUGGCAUUUUCUUCCCAGGACAAUUAAUUUAAUAAAGAGUUGUUGGGGGGGAAAAGGCUGUCUAAGCAAACAAGCUCGCUAACUUAGCCUCUUUUGUGGAGCAGUUUAUCUCUGUCAAAGGACGUUAAAUAAAACUGAAUGGUGCAAAACAGCUAAUAAGCUACGACAGUUUCCUCCAUUUUGGACUCACUGGCUUUCCAUUCCCUCAAAGACCAGCACUGAAAAACUGGCAUACUAUUAGUCAAUGGUGCAACUUUGUAUGUCAAAGUUUACUGAAGUUGAACACGAGUUUAAAAGUUUAAAAAAUGAAUCAAUUUCGCUGGUUGUUUUAAAUGCUGGUGUGAACAGGCCUUUCACACAAAGCCCCCAAAUCCUGUUUGGAGACAGAGGGACCUAUUCUAAUAUGAAAUAUACUUUACAGAUGAUGUAUAGGCUGCAUUCCAAUAUGACGAUGUCUUGAACCCUUAGACCAGGGGUGGCCAAACCAACUGCAGCUGAUUUUAAAUGCCCCACAGUGGAUUUAAAAAACUAACUACAAAACAAAAACUAGAACAAAAUGUUAGAAUUUGGCCCUAUCAAUUCUUCUACAUCCAUUCUACUACGUUUUCAUUUUAAAACACAGCACUUUUGCUACAUUUGCACCUGCCGUUCAGACUAAAACGGCGUAUCUGAAGAGUUUGAAAACUCUGUAGACCGCGUUUUCAUUUUAAAACUCCAGGGUAGCCUAGUGCGGAUAGGUGAAAACGGAGGACUCACAUUUGGCUUCCUGAUUGGGUCUUAUCGGUCAUGGAGUAUUCUUCCCUAAUUCAUCAGGCUCCUGUCACAUGACCCAUCUCUGGGACAAAACAUACAUCAGCAUGGCGCGAGUUCAGCACCGACAAAACGUAGCAAAACGUUUUUUUCAAUGUAAACGGUGGUGCAUUGAACACCCUGUUGUGUACGCAAGCGCACUGCAUUUUCCUGCCUUUUGUGCUGACUUGUCGCAGCUGAUUGGGUGACACGUCUGACACGCCCACCAAAUGGGAGAAAAAUACCUCAUUGCACAACAUUUCAAGGAAACAUGACGCAAAACGUUUUGAGAUUGAACUCGCCCCUGGACUACCAGUAGUGAGGGCAUCAUGGAUAACGUAUUACAACCGUUACUGACCUUGAUGUCUUUGCUAACAGCUCUUGUAUCGUCAAAACUGCAGAGUAGACAAUCUGCUUCCUUUUUACACCAGCAUGCCCAGUGUAUGGACGUGAAUGGUCAUGAUGUGCGUUUUCAGUCAUUUUAGUACGGACGGACGGAUAAAUUCUGAUACACAGAUAAAAUGCUGAUGUGUAUGGAGAUCUUUUUCAUGCAAAACUUAGUAAUGUGAAUGUAGCCUUAGUGUAAGUGGUUUUACAAACUGAUAACGGACUUAUAAAUAGCCACAUGAAACACACUCCACCAUUUUACUGCUGAAAAAAUUUGUCGAUUAAACCGGUAAUCAGUUGUUAGUUUCGGCCCUAAAUCGUUGUUUAGCUGAGUAAUUUGCACUCUUACAUGAAUAAUGCCACAGAUUCUUGCAUUUAACUUUUUGUACUUGCCUUCUGGAAGUAAAGUCAGGUAAAGUACACACAGCCUCUGAACUCAUACCUAAAUGUUAUAAAUUUCACCAAGGGCAAGGCCACAUUCCAACACUAACAAUCUACAGUAAAUCUUGCUCUUCUCAUUCAUUGUGAACUUAACCAAGCCUCCCUUUUCUGUGUUAAACCCCUCCAAGAUGCAAACUACAUUCUAAUACUAUCUACACAUAAUUUCCUUUUCCUACGAGCUUUGUACCAAUACGAAGGUCACCAAGCCUCAUAUUGUUUGGCGAAAUGCACUGACACCCAAUAAUGCAGCAUAAAAAUGUAUUUUCAUGACAUUCUCGUUCUUGAGAAAAAAAAACAUGAAAAACAACUAGACCUGCAAGUACAAAUAAUUACACACCUGGCUUCAUGGGGAACACAAGGUAGUUUUUAUUCAUGAGUAAAGAAAGGAAAUAAAUGUCUGCAUCUACAUAUGUGUAAUUACAAUUAUUUUAUAACUCUGUAAUUUUUCCAAUGUUUCUGGUAAUUGACAUGACUGAAUCCCAGCUGGGCAUUUCCUAAUUUCUUGAAAUCACAUCAUUAUAAUUACAAACUUAAAUUGCUAAAUAACUGAGAAUCAUGAAGUUUUAAAAAGAGUGAUUAGUUUAGACGAGGGGAUAUUUAAAGUGUCUCUGACUCAAACCAACAGUGUCUGCAGUGCCAAGUUUGUAGAUAUGACAUAUUUGUAUGUUUAUGUAUCUCUAUUUAUGUAUGAAGUUAAUAUUUGUUAUAUAUAUAAUCUAGUAUCUGCUACUGAAUAAAGUAUUAUUCCUCCAACACA